AUGCUGGCCAACAACCUGUGUCCAUCGGAAGAAGCUGCUCCCAACUAUGCUCAGUUUCAAGUAAUAAAGCCAACCUGUGAGGCUUUCCAAGAAUGGGCUCCUGCCGCUACCGCACCAGUACAAUAUCCACAAGCACAACAGUUCCCGUUUCUCUUUCCACAAUCCGAAUGGUCCUAUCCUGCUCAUCUACAGUUACAACAACCUGGCAUGCUUCAACCACAUGAAAUGAAGGUUGAUACGGAAAGACCUGAAGUGAUACAACGACUCCCUCAUCCAUGGCCAUACACAUUCCCUGCAGAUGAUGCUGCUCAUUCUCAGCUGUCAGAUGAUUCCGAGCCCGGUUGUCCAGAUGAUUUGGAAGCGUUUGCUAAGCAAUUCAAACAAAGAAGGAUAAAACUCGGAUAUACCCAAGCGGACGUUGGUUUGGCAUUGGGCACCCUCUAUGGGAAUGUGUUUUCUCAGACGACGAUUUGUCGAUUCGAAGCGCUCCAAUUGUCGUUCAAGAACAUGUGUAAACUAAAACCGCUGCUAUUCAAAUGGCUUGAGGAAGCUGAUUCCACAUCCGCUAGUCCAAAUUCGGCAUUUGAGAAGAUGACCGGACAAGGCGGUAGGAAACGAAAGAAAAGGACAAGUAUCGAGGUCAACGUGAAGUCACGAUUGGAAUAUCAUUUCCAGAAGAAUCAUAAACCAAAUGCUCAAGAAAUUCUACAAGUCGCCAAUGAGCUCGGAUUGGAUAAGGAAGUGGUUCGAGUUUGGUUCUGCAAUCGACGGCAAAAAGAGAAACGAAUGACACCGCAAUUUGAUCAGCAAAUGAUGAUCACAAGCCCGUAUCCACCGUCGGAUAUUUUCUCCUAUCCGGCCGGUCUACCGAUCAAUCCCACACAAUUUGAGCUGCGAACAGGUUCCGGCUCCGCAUGA